AAUGCUUUUUUGCUUUAUGUUGUAAAUAAAUGUGCCUGUACUUUACAUUUUUAUUUUAGUUGAUGUGUUAAACAUUUUAAUGCAGUUUGCAACAUAAACUUUGGGAUCAUGGAGUUAAGUGAGGUGAAGGAAGCAGCACUGUUGUCCUGGGUUAACGGCGUGUGUCCAGAGGAACCCGUCUGGAAAAUCCUUCAAAUAAAGGAUGGGCAACUCCGGAGGUUUGCCUACAAAGUAUGUGGGAAAAUGUCUUGUGAAACGUUGUUGGGGCCACCAUUUUUAGAAACUAUUGAAAUCAUUUUCAACAUACUGAUGGACGACUUCUGCUUUAACAGAGGACAGAGUGCAGUUAUCUCUACGAAGAUAAGUGAAGGAAUUGACCUUGAGCUUCAGCUCGCCAAGGUGGUUCUUGUCCUCUGUCAUUGUGAUUUUAAAGUAAACCGCACGAUUCCUGAUUUAGACGUCAAGACGGAGCUGAUGAUAUCAUCGAUGUUUCGCUUUAUAAGAGAUGAUGUUGAUGGUCUGUCUUUAGAUGAAUGCCUAGAUGCGUUUCUAACCAAAGACUGCGUCUUAAAUUUAUCCGUCAGUAGUGAGAGCAGCCUCGAUUCAUUUUGUACUGGUGAUGAGUCUCCGUUCUUCGGCUGUUUUCACAGUCCUCCCAGAGACCAACUAGAAAAAGAGCUGGCCAAUCAGAUAAGCAUCAUCUCUGAGAAAGAGGGUAUCAUCUCUCAACUGCAGCACCGGGUGGAUCAUCUCCUACAAAAAAUGGGAGAAUUUAAGAAGGGUCAUGAUGUAUAUCAGCUGGAACUUCAGGAGAAGAAAGCUUGUCUUCUCCAAAGAGUGCACGAGAUUGUAAAGCAGUGUCAAGAUUUCAAAACCAGCAGCUCUCAGAAAGAACUCAAGAUUAAUGAGCUGAAAGAGGAAAACGCAACUCUUGCUGCUCAGGUCCGAAAUGCUUUUGCCCAGCUGAAGAGAGCCGAGGAGGAGAUUGCUAAACUCACACUGGCUUGUGAAAUGUCUCAGUCUAAAUGGGAGAAUGAGCUGAAUGAGGCUGUCACACACAGGGCUUUGACCAAAAUUGAGAGCCUCCAGAUAAAAGUUCUGGAACUGACCGAGCAAAUCUCUUUGAAGGAUGAUGAAAUCAGGAAUUUAAGUAAUGGGAAUGACUCUCUAAACCACGAGCUGAAGCUUGUGAAGGAUCAAAAGGUUGAUAUAAAUGAAGUGAUCAAAUCAAUUCGUAAAGGACAUGAGGAUACUAUUAAGAAACUUCAGCAAGAACUUUGCUGUGCUGCUUUAACUGCAUCAAAGAAACAGGAAGACAUUAUGGUUCUGUCAGCUGAAGUAACACAUCUAAAAGAAAAGAUCUGUCACUACAAUGAAAACGAACAUCAGAAGCAACACGAGUUUUCUGUUUUAGAGGCAGAUCACAAAGUGCUGAUGGAAAACAUGACUUCUCUUCAGAACCAGUUAGCUGAGGUUAAAACAAUGAGUGCCCAGAAGGAAUCUGAGCUCCUCUUGCUUCAGCAGCAACUUUGCCAUCAAGAAACCCAGAGAAAAACAACUCUGGAGCUUGAGACAGCCAGGUGUGAGGAGCUUGAGAAGACUGUGAGUCAACUUCAGGCAAAAGUCCUAGAGAUCUCCUCUGUUUCCUCUGAGAGGGAAGCUUGUUUGACUUCUUUUCAGAAUGAGAUGACGGAUCAAGAGAGGCUUAGAGCUAAACUGGAGCUGAAGGUGGAGGGACAAAGUGUCUCCAUCCUUGGUUUAAAUGAUAUUGCCAUAAAAUGGAAGCAGCAAUGUAAACAGCUUUUGGAGACCGUGAAGAUAAUGUUGGAGAAAAUCAAUCAUUACAACUAUAACAAACAGCAGCUGGUGAAGGCUCAGGAGAUGAACAAGUCUCUUAUGAACUCCCUAGAGGCCAGCAGGAGAGAUAUCGAAGCUCUGAAGAAUGAACUGACACUGGCUCGCAGGGAACGAGACCAGGAGAAAGACAAAGUCGAACGCUUGCAGACUCAAGUAAACCUUUCUGUCAGGCGUCUACAAAAACAGAGGAGGGUGAAUGAUGACAUUGACUACCUUAGAGUCCCAGAAGAAUGGCAGGACAACAGCAAGUUCAAUGAUUUGCUCAAUUCUUACAGCCAUUGGGCACCGUCUGGUGAGACCAGCACUCUGCAGAAGACACCGGGAAGUGUUAAAGCAAAGGAAUCUGUUUGUAGUCCACGCUCUUCCCAAUGUCGGCACGAACUGGCGGCCCAGCAUUUCAGCCCUGUCUCUACAAAUCUCUUCAGGGGAAAUGAUGUAACUGCAACUUCAUCUAAAACAAAUGAACUUCAAGAGAAUGAAACAAAGCAUGCUGCAGAUGACUUGAUGCGCAUCGCUGAACUGCAGGCACGAAACAAAGCCUGCCUACCUCACAUGAAGAGCAGCUACCCGCUGGAGUCCAGGCAUAAUAUGGGACUUCCAUCUUUAACAUUAACGGAUGAGGUCCUGCGGAUGGGUAGCCCACAAGAGACCAUUCAACUUGCUGCUUCACACCUACGUUCAUCACAAAAGAUGCGUAGCUUGCAUGCUCGAAAUCGCUCACCUGAGAUGAAUGAGUCGACAAGCUGCUUCUCUCAGACGACUGCAAAGGGCAGGCAUGAGAAAAUGCAUCCAGUCUGUAAGGCUAAGCAAAAGCAACAUGUGGUGUUCACGAUUCCUAACACUCCAAAGCCCGGCAGUGUUGGGACUUUGCUGCAUCGUGGUAGGAUCUUUAAGAACUCCUGCAAAUCUGCCACAGCUUCCAGUCAUGUCCUGCGCUCAACGCUGAGAAAGUCUCCAUGUAGCAAACCUCUCAGGUCGCCUUAUGUGAAGAAGACUUCACGCUAAAUUGAUGGCUUUUCCACCUCCAAUUAUAUUUAUUAAGGUUUUAAUUAUUUCUAAAUAAAACAGUUUUGUAUGUUUUUUUUUAUUGAUUUGUGUUUUAUUAAAGGUUAAUUUUCCUGUUAACCAUCAAAUAAUGUAUAAGGAAAGUUCUGCUGUUAAGAAAUAUGUAGGUUAGUAUAUUAUAUUAAAUUUGCUUUGUGUAGGUUUUCUUAAAAACAAAAAAAUCAUGUUUUGGGCAUGUUUUCUCAUAGACUGUGCAACGUAUGUAUUCUGGGGGGUACACAUAACUUUUUGGUCUGGUUCUCAAAGAAACACCUGGGAUCUCAUUAAUAAAACUGUGCGUAGGAUCCUUACUAAAAGUCUAUGUACACAAGCCAAAAAUGGCAUAUGCCAAAAAAUAUUACGACUUAUAAAACAAUACCAACGUUCCCUUUAGAAGUCACACAUCACCUGCAACUGUGUUUACGUAAAUCAUCCUCAAAUCCUACCCUGCAAGCCCAUUCUCCAAGUUUGUUUUUUAUAGAUCACUUCCUUUGCAUGGGAACUGGCCUACGUACGUUUCCAGCCCCGUUUUGUGCAUACGCAAGCUUUAUAAAUGAGGCCCCUGGAGAUGUUGCUUGGUAUUCACACUAUUCAUGGCACAGACAUACUACAUGCUAUCAUCAUCACUUAUCUCCUGACUACUCUUUUCUUGGUUUAAACGUGAUAGACGAUGAUGUACGUAAAAUAAAAUAUGCCUGGUUGUUGUUUUUCAACCAUGCAACCUUUGUAAAUAACUACUAGCUUAACUCAUAUAAAUUUCAAAUAUUGUUAAAGCUAAGUAGAUGGUCAGUAAUAAAAAAUAAUCAAAUUAUGAGCAAUGGCACAAAUAAAUACAAUAGAACAAACAUACAAGUGAAACCAACAGUGCUGUUCAUGUUUUCAGGUAACGUUAACAGUACAGAAACUGAAUAAAGUAAUCAGAUACUACUCCAUAGUCUUUACUGUGUAAACUGUAGUUGUAGUGUAAACUAAAGUUGUUUAGUCAAGACAAGGAUAUUAUGAUUAACAUUAAGAAACAGCAUCAGGUUUAUACUCCAAAAAUGGGUGUACUCUCAUUUUAAACGCAUGGAUCCAAUAUAUUGUAACACACGCAUUUUAUUUCUCAACUGCUUAUAUUUAUUUAAUGUGUAAAAUACUUUUACAACUUUAAUCCGGGCAUUUUGAGAUAAUUUUGUUUUAAAAUGUCGGCUCAAGUGCAAAAAAAAACUGACUCGGUUGGCAUUUGCGCACUGUCUUUACCAUUUGCUUGUACUAGCAAGCUGUCUGAAUCCUUGAGAUGUGGAUCGCGCAAACAAAACUUAACAAACAACGCGUAAGUAAAGUAUUGAAAUCUUGAAUUUUUAAACUGGCCAAUCAGGCCAGUUAGUGAUGUUGCAUCGCUGGUAGGGACACUCCACUUUUUUUAAAAAUAUGCUCCCCUAGAGUUAAACAUUUUAUUUUUACCGUAUUGAAAUCCAUUCAGGCGAUCUCCAGGUCUAGCGGUACCACUUUUAGCAAAGCUUAGCAUGAUCCAUUGAAUCUGAUUAGACCAUUAGCAUCUCGCAAAAAAAAUAACCAAAGAGUUUCCAUAUUUUUCCUGUUUAAAACUUGGCUUCUGUAGUUACAUCGUGUACGAAGACCGACAAAAAAUUAAAAGUUGCGAUUUUCUAGGUACAUAUGGCUAGGAACUAUACUCUCAUUCUGGUGAAAUAAUCAAGGACUUUGCUGCUGUAACAUGACUGCAGGAGGCGCAAUGAUAUUAUGGAGUUCCCGAAAAUAGUCCCCUGCGAUUGAAAGUUACCACUCCAUGGGAGCUUGAAAAUUAGCAUAUUUAAAAAAAAGUGGAGUGUCCCUUUAAUUAUAAUUACCAAUGAUGCAUGGAGAAAUCCCUCAUUUUGUGGUAAAUUAGGGAACUAUGUAACAAAACUCCAGCAACAUUUGGUACGCAAAAGCACCUUUUAGGGCAGUGUCUGGUGCACAUUGUUUAUUUCAAUUGCACAUAUGCACCAGUUAUGUGCACCCCUGUGUAUUGCAACAGUUUACAAACAAAUACCUAAUUGUGUUUGUGUAACAA